AUGCCAAUUGUACCCUCCUUGCUGGCAGUAUGGCUGCUCCAGGUCUCCAGGGUACAAGGUGCUGCUAGUUCAGAAGCAGUUUGUGGGCAGCCUGUAAUAAACUCUCCACGAAUCGUUGGGGGUCAAGCAGCUGCUUAUGGGUCGUGGCCCUGGCAAGUCGCCAUAUUUCAAGGUGGCUAUUUUAUUUGUGGGGGAUCCCUCAUAGCCGAGCAGUGGGUGCUGUCAGCAGCUCACUGCUUCCUUGGAUCCACAGCCACUUCCCAAUAUGACCUCUUGCUGGGGGCCUAUGAGCUCUUGAACCUCACAAGUACGGUGGUAGAGUCCAGUGUGGAACAGAUUCUCACGCAUCCUGACUACAAUGGCAAGGCCGGCUCCAGUGGGGACAUUGCUUUACUGGAACUGAGGGCUCCUGUGAAUUUCACCAAGAACAUCCUCCCCACCUGCCUGCCGGACUCUUCAGCACAAUUCCCUCUGAACGCAGAUUGCUGGGUCACUGGAUGGGGAAAUAUUCAAGAAGGAGUGCUGUUGCCGUCCCCACUAACCCUCCAGGAAGUGAAGCUGCCAUUGAUGAGCCAAGCAGCAUGCAACAAUAUCUUUAACAGUCACCCAGUUGGAGUCUUGGGCAAGAAUCCUAUCAAGCCUGACAUGAUCUGCGCUGGUAACCAGAACAGUGGGAAGGAUUCCUGCCAGGGUGACUCAGGAGGACCCUUGGUUUGCAAACUCCAAGGACGUUGGACCCAGGCUGGGGUUGUGAGUUGGGGAGUGGGCUGUGCCAGUCCCUUCCACCCUGGCGUCUACACUUCAGUACCAUUCUAUGCCAACUGGAUCCAAGCCACGAUGAAUGGUGAAUCGCAAAAUGGUGGAUCGCAAAAUGCCCCUGUUGUAACAUUCCUCUUGAUGGCUCUUGUGACAGCCCUCCUAUGA